GAACAUGGUGUCUAUUGGUUUGACGUUUCACUGAUUUUUAUGUUUAGUUUUCAAAUGUGUAACUCGAGCUUACUAAUAGAUACAAUUAAAUCUUAUUGCAAACAUGUUAAGAUAAAAAUCGUAAUUUUUCAUUUGUUCUUAUUAGAUUUUAUUACAUUAUCAUGAAACUUAACGCCUAUUACGUCUGUUGCAUAAAAUGUUCCUGUGAUCGGAUCGGUAGAAAGUGAAUCCUGUGUAAAAUGAAAAUGUUGCAUAUUCUUGCAUUGUCACACUUCGUUUCUGCUAUCGAACGAAGGACGUCGAAAAAAAUUGUCAAUUUCACAAUCGAUCAGUACGUUACACGGAAGUAAACUGGGUGAUCUGUGACAAUAUGUGUGUGAAAAGAUAAUUUAAAAUGAGGUUCAACAAACAAGAGUUAUUAACCUUGGCAACUCAGCCUUCUCAAAAAUUUGAAAAGGAAGGUGUUUUAUACGUUCGUGAACGUCAAGAAGGAUUUUUUCGAAGAACUGAGAGUACAGGUAAAAAUCUUGAGAACAAAAGACAAAAAGGGAAAACACAUAAGACUCUACGAGACCUCAGUUGCGUUACAGCCAGCACGAGUAAAGUAAGUCUAGAACGAUGGUGCAGGUUAAGAGGAAAUCUUCUAUUUUAUUUCAAAUCAAGAGAACAAUGGUCAGAGCCUCUUGGUGUAAUUAUUCUGGAACAAUGCUGCGUCCGAUUGGAUCAACCUACAAAUCAAAUUCCCUAUGGAUUCAGCAUAGUAUUUGAUGGUGGCUUGUUCCAACAAUUGGGAGCUAACUCUGCUGAAGAGCGAGAUAGCUGGUUGCAAGCAUUGCAGUUAGCUAGCUAUGAGUGUAUGCGCAGUCAACUACUAGCAUUGAGACAACGCAUAGAAGCUUUUAGUGGUCACAAACAUGAUACUGACAUACACAUGCUGAGGUUACAACGUGGAAUUUUUACAGAUCCUGCGGAAAUACCAAUGUGCGAGGUAUCGCUAGCAUGCGAUAAUCUUCUGUGCGAUGGACACGGUCGACCUCCUAAUCCUGUUUUAGAAGUAGACGUUCAAUUGAAGCGUUCAAAGACAUGGAUCAAAUACGCACGAACGGAAGUUGUCGAGAGAAGUAGCAAUCCAGGAUUCUUAACAACUGUAAGCUUUAGAGCAAGCGAUGGUCUUAGCUCUGAUACCAAAGUACGAAUAACAGCCUAUGAUGUCAGAGAAAGAGUAAGUCAAACGGCAACACCGAUAGGAAGUUCAAUAGUAACUUUCAACGCAAUCCAAGAUACACCUAGAUUGCGAAUACCCUUAAAAUCCGCUAAAACAACUACUGUUGGGUUUUUGACAAUUAAUGUAUGGAAUCUGGAAGCUGAAGAUAAAGGAAAUAGUACAGAAAGUACACCUUCUAGAAAUAUUCCAAGUACAAACAGUCAGCAGAUUUUAUCACAUAGACGGUCGCAAUCGUUACCUCCAAGAUUAGGAACUAAAAUAAAGCUUCCACAUCAAGGACAAUUGAAAUUAUUAUUUGCCAAUCCAUUCAUUCAGACAUAUAGGUUUCAUUCAGGCCUGGGUGGAGACAUAUGUGUGCAUGAAAUUAUGGCAGAAAGCAAAUUAUGCUUCCAGUUUCCACAACAUUUACUUGGAAUUUGGAUACAAGAGGAGAAAGAAUUACUUCAAGAAGUAGCUGGUAUGGGUGAAUUAAGAGAACCGUGGCAUACAAAACAAGUUGAAUUACUUGAUCGUCAUCUCCAUUUGUUACAUUUAUAUUCACAAGCCAAGGAGAAUUUAGCGGAUUUUAAAGGAAGUUAUUUCAAGCAAUCAUCUCGUAGAAAUGAUCGAACUUUGGAAUUUGCACCUUUAAAUUUGCACCUUCAAAGAAUGUGGGUUCAUAAUGAUACAUUGAAUAAAUGCGGAUUUUACGAUUUUGUUAGUGUGGGCGCAUUUACUGCUCAUUCUCACAAGAGUAAAAACGGUGGACUGAUAAGACUUGUACAAGCACUUAAAGAAUCCCCGACACGAGGGAAUCAAUUGUAUCAAGGAACAUCGAAAAUAAUUAUGGCGCAUGAUGCCAUUCAGGCUAUCAAACAAUUAAGAAGAGAUGUCGUAGAAGCAAUGCGUUCUCUGAUGAAACUUGCCAAGCGAAAGCAAACCAGUGGUAUGUUACCAAUAUGUGAAGAUAUGAUAACAAAGACAAGAAUAUUGCUUAGUCUUUGGGAUCCAGGCCUUGUGGAAGAAGCUUUGACUUUUCUAGAAGAGCACAAGGUAGCGAAGGUUCAAGAAGAGACGAAUGAAGAUAGUUCUUUAUUAGACUUCAAAGUUAAUCAAUCCUUGUCUCCAUUUAAACGAAUCACGCAACAACUUAAUUUCGAUCUAAAGAGUCCCGAUUUUGAUGAUUUGGUUACUCCUGAUACUCCAGAGUGUAUGCAAGAUACUUGGUGCGAAGAAAAUACCAAAAAUAACUAUGCUUCUUUGACGUUCAGAAAUAACAUGAAUUGCGACAACACCGAAAAUACUACUACUACUACUACUACUACUACUACUACUACUACUACUACUAAUACUAAUACUGCUGCUGUUACUACUGCUUCUUCUACCACUGCUACUACAACUAUCUCUACUUCUACUUCUACUUCUACUACGUCCACUACUACUGGUACCACUGCUACUACCACUACUACUACGCAAGAAGAUGAAAACAAAGAAGACUUCGUUAUAUUUCCGGAAGUAGAAAAUGAUCAGGAUAUAAAGGAAACGGAAGCCACGGAAAAUGGCAAUCACGAGGUAAGCAAUAAUAACGACGACGAUGAAGAGAAAUAUGACAUCAAAAAGGAUACCGAUAAAGGCAAACGUUUCUUGGACAUGAAAAAAAUGUGUAACUCUCCGUCUGCAAAUUAUUAUAAACCGACGGACGAGCCGGAACCCUGGGAUCUCACACAGCUAAACAUUGAAGCGAGUGUGAUGUGCCUGGUAUCGAAAGUCAAAUUCCUUUGCGGUAGAUGCAGCAGUCCAGCUGUACGUUUACGUAACAAAAAUAGUUUAGGACGAUCGCAGAGUCUCAAGGGAUGUCUGUCGAACAAUCGAAACAAUGCAAGUGUUGUGACAAUUCAGCCUAAGAAUGCGUUGCAGAGCGAAGAGUCAAGUAAGUUGCUGGACAAUUCACACAACUCCAUCUCUCGACAGCAACCAAGUCCUGGAAUGGAUAAGUCAACGCCUGCUUUCUCCAAAGCCAAAGAAGGGACUACUGAUAUUUAUUGUAAUACGUCUUCCGAUAAAGUGUGCCAAGCUGUUGACUCAAUGACAAGAGUGAUUAAAAGUAAUUCUGGACAGAGGAACAAGUUUAUCGAAGGUCUAGACUUUGCAUCGAUCGUAGACUGGACGAGUGAACUUAGACCAAGUAUGAAAAAGCUGCGCCAGGCUAUGGAUGGGCUUCUUAAAACUGCAAGGCUCACGCAUUCGGUAUUUCGAGUUCAAGAGGAUGCCAAGACGGCUCAACGUGCUUGUAACGUCAGAUAUAGACGAGACGUUUGCUUCAGUCAGGCACUUACAUCGUUAGUGUCUAGUAUCAUGGCAAAGCUAUGGUGUCAAAGGCCUGAUCCAAUGUUUCUAUUAAUUUUGACGACACUUGGGCCUCUAGUUUCUUUCGAGGGACUUCUCAGUUAUUACGGCGAUGAGAUUGAUAUGUGGGGAGACAUGGCGGUUGCUGUUGAAGAUAUGCAUACCGUUACGUUUACUUUAUCUAGACGUGGUAUUCAGCCUAGAAUCGAAGAUAUGGGCUACACGCCCUUUCAACUUCCAUUACCUUGCGUAGUUGGUUCUCGGACCGCUUUGACAGUAAUACUUCCAGUACCAGAUGCUAUAUAUUCUUUAUUGCCAUUAGUACCUUCUUCCAGACAGACCUUAUCCUUCAACGUGACACCUGUAUUCUUCAAUAUAGGUAUUAACGAAAUGGCAUCCUUGGCUGAAAGUCUUGGUACUAUUAAACCACAAGAGAAAAGUAACAUCGAUAAUUUCGAUAGACUGAACGAAUAUUAUUUGAGAUUCAAAAAACUCAAUUUGCCUACGGAACCAGCAUCUACUCGCCUUGGUACGAAAUCUGCCUUGAGUCAUACAUUGGCCGACAUGAUGUUAAAUUUAAAGACAGCUGUUCACGCUAAGGUAAAUAAAAAUGUCGAGAUAUUGCAAUUGUCUUCGCAAAUAUGUCGGCGUAUGCGCGGCUUGAGAUUUACCAGUUGCAAAAGUGCCAAAGAUAGGACUGGCAUGUCGAUCACUUUAGAACAAGUAAACAUACUAUCGACGGAGUAUCAUUUAGCGGAGCAUGAAUUUACAAGAGCACUCGAUUGUAUGCGAAGCGAAGGAUGUCGACGCGAGAACACAUGGAAGAACAUCGGAGUGCGGAAAUACGCGUUCAACAGUCUACAGAUUUUAACUUUCCCAAAACUAUAUCGACCACCAACUGGAACCUAUGGAUCAGCACAAACUUAAGAUAAGUGUUACAACGACAUAUACACCUUGUUUUUUUUUUUUUUCUUUUUUUUUCUUCUUUUUUGUUAUAAGAUCGCAACUUGCCGAUGAAUGUAUAAUUAUUUCACGCGACGUGAUUAACGAUUAAUCACACACUCCACUGUCUGUAGAUAUAGAAUGAACGAUAAAAUGAAGUUUGUAUUUUUAAGAGGCAAGGAGAUUCAACGAACAGUUUAGCCGUGAUUAGCUGUUAACAUAUAUAAAAGGAAUGAUCGAUCGAUUAUUCUUUAGUGCCAUUUUUUUGUUUUUUUCUUCCUCUCAACUAUAGUGCGAAGAUCGGUGCAUCGAGUUUUGCGAACAUUAAGAUUAAUCAUUCGUAAGGAAACAUAUUUAUUGCACGGUGUACAUAAUUUUUCGACGAGCACAAAUUGAUAAGAUUUUGAAAUAUUUAAAGGAAAAUUAAGAAAUUUGCCACAACGUUGUUAAGAACAAUUUUGUUCGUUAGGCAAUCUGAGUGCUUCCUUUUACACAUCAACUGUCGAAUAAUAACGUCGUGAUAUAUAUUGCAGAUGAUUCAUAUUUAUCAUUACGUUAAUUGUAUAUUUGUAUAUUUUUUUCUUUAGUUAAAAAGUCAUUAAGGAAUGUAAAACGAAACUUUCGUUAUUAUAAUACUCUCAUACGCGUGAUACAGUAUGAAAAAAAAAAAAGAAAACAAAUAGCAAAUAUGUUCACAACAUAGUACGUAUAUACAGUAUAUUGCCCCUGACAAUAGGCAACACAUUCGUACGAGUGUGCAUGAAAAAAAUAACUUCGAAUGUGUGCAAAAAAUUAUUGUUUUUUGUUGAAAUGAUUUCAAGUAAAAAUAAUUCGUAAAUUAAUAAGACAUUUUACAUAUUACGUUUAGGAAACUAGAAGAAUUAUAAUUAAUUUAUAAUUAAUUGAUUAUAACUAAGUCGUAAUAACAUUGUUUUAUAUCGCUCGUAAAUGCUUCAUUGUUUCUUUCAACGAAGUUGGUCUGUUAAUUUUUAGAAAAAAAAAGAAAGAAAAAAGAAAAUAUAUUAAUAUAAAAUAAAGUAAUCGAUGAAGCGAGUUAUCUCAGGAAUCAUCUCAUUGGAAUAAUCUAUGUCUAACCAUUUAUAUACGCAUGCAAAGUGUCUCAACAAAGUAAUAGAAAAUUUAAUCCAAAACCAAAUUAUUUAAAUACAUGUCAUUUACUCGCCGAGAUGAUUCGUGUUCUUUAAGAUCGUAUAGGCCGAUAGUCGUCACGAAUAAUAAUGAUUUUCUGUAUUUAGACUUGUUAAUAAAAAAAAAAAAAAAAAAGAAAAACAGAAAAGAAAGAAAAGAAAGAAAAAAAUUAUC